UCCCUAAUGUUGAUUUUCACCAAGUGCAAAAUAUAGAUUUGUCUUUUGGGGUGCAAUUUCUUGUAAUUAAGGAAAGAUUCUCCUUAACUGGUCAAAAUUAUUAGUACUAGUUUGUUUUUAAUGUAUUGUACUAAUUAUUGUGAUUAAGAAGUGAAUUGCUGAAAUUUGAAGAAUGGUAUUGUGAUUGUUCUGUAAAUAGAAUUGUGAGAUGGCAGAGGGAAAAGGGUUAUCAGAAAUGUAUAGAAACACAAGUGAAGAGUUAUUUCUACGGUCUUUAAUGGAGAGCUCAAUUGGGAUGCCUAUGCCAUCCAUGGAGAUGUUAGGUUUUAAGAAUAUUUCUUCUCAUCACAAUUUUCGCACCGACAGUGAAGAGCUCUUCAAGAGCUGGCUCACCAAUGGAGAGAAUCAUGGGCAUAAUUCAUCAAACAUAGCACACCGAACCCGGCAAGCAUCAAGAAGGUUAUCUACUGAACUAGCUGGUUUGACUAAUCAACAACCUGGGAUUGCUCUGCAAAAGAAAAGAAGCAAUGAUGUGCUAUUUACACAAAAUAAUCUGGAAGCUGAUGGCUCCUCCGGUGACCUCAAUCAGCUAUCAAUGAGGAAUGCUGUUGAAAAAAGUGUGCAGGCUAGUAAUUUGUAUCUGGCCAAGGCCUGGUUUCACAGUUCACAACCAAUGACAAGAAGUCGAUCCUCUGAACUCCGGAAGAGAUAUGCUGCAAUGCAAAGUACCCAGACCACUUUAGGGCAUGGUGACAACAAUUUGAAAGAAGAGUUUGCCAAUCCAAAUGGUUUCAAUGACCUUCCUAUGAAUGGCACUGCCAACCAUUUUGGUGCUUUCAUGUCUCCAUCCAAUUCAUCUUCAUCUACUUUCAACACUUCACAAAUAGGAGAGGUAGAUAAAGUUUCUUCUGUUGUAAGCAUGCUAAAAGGUACAUUGGAGCGCAAGAAGCUCGGUAACCAGAUUGAGAAAGAAACUGUUGAAGAUAGUGCUAAUGCAAUUUAUUAUGGCCAACAAGUUACAAACAAUGCUAGUUUUCAUCAAGGACAAGGGAAAAGUAUUAAUGACAUUACACAGACAUUUCAAGAAAUAUCCUCCGGUGAAAUUAAGGAUGCUGGAGUUUUUCAAACAGUUGAAGAUCUUGAAAUGGAAGGUUUUGUAAAUCCUAUUCUAAAUCCGAUUCAGUUCAGCACAAUUUCUCGAGAACCUUCUCAAAGUGAAUCAUCUGCUGCUGCACCAGUCGUUUCAUCUGGUUUCGAUGCAUGUGAUGGCCCUAGUAAUUCAAGUCAAACUCUAAGCAUUUGUGAGAGCUCAAGGAAACAAGUUGGAAACAAUUUGAGUUCAGAGAAUGGCUCUAAAGCUAAAGAUAUUAGAGAACGGAUAAUUGAAAAUUUGAAGGAUGAUAGAAAGAGGAGAGGGCUAGUUCGAUAUGGAUCUGUAACAUCAGUUGAUUCAGUGGACAAGGGGGACACGACUAAAAAGCGUAGGGUGGAGCGCUCGAGAAAAAUGGCAGAGGCAAAGGAAAGGAAUUCAACACCAGCAAUUCCAUCUGAUAUGCAAUCUGUCUUAAAGCGGUGUGAAAAUCUCGAGAAGGAAGUGCGAUCACUCAAGCUUAAUUUGUCUUUCAUGAAUAGGAAGGAUUCAGAACAGACCAAGCAGAUAGAAGAGCUUCAGAAAAGAAAUGAGGAGUUGACUGAUGAAAAAGAAAGGCUUCUUGAAGAGAUGGAGAGGAUGCUAUCAGAAUCAGGCAAAAUGUAGAACUCAUCCAGAACAAGUUGCAGCAAUUUUCAAUUGUCUCACAAUAUACAUUAAGAUACUAAUUAAAUGUGUGUUAAUAUAAUUUAGAUUCUGGAGAGAAUGAGCUAACUAUAAGGAUGACAAAUUUCUAUAUAAACCAGGAGAUUGAAAAUUUC